GUUGGAAAAUGGGACAAUCACUUGGUUGCAUUCAAGUGAAGCAGUCGACAGUGGCAAUGGAGGAGCGUUUCGGGAAGUUCGAAGAUGUGCUUGAGCCUGGCUGCCACUGCGUGCCUUGGUGCCUUGGAUACAAGGCAAACGGAGUUCUCUCCUUGCGUGUGAAACAACUCGACGUCCGCUGCGAGACCAAGACCAAGGAUAACGUCUUUGUUAACGUGGUUGCUUCUAUCCAAUACCGCUCCUUGCCAGAAAAAGCAUCAGAUGCUUACUAUAAGCUCUCAAAUGCCAACUCACAGAUCCAAGCCUAUGUUUUUGAUGUUAUCAGAGCUAGUGUCCCCAAAUUGGAAUUGGAUGCUGUAUUCGCACAGAAAAGUCAUUUAGCAAAAUCUGUGGAAGAGGAGCUUGAGAAGGCCCUGUCUACUUAUGGUUUUGAAAUAGUCCAGACCCUCAUUGUGGAUAUAGCGCCUGAUGCUCAUGUGAAGAGAUCUAUGAACGACAUUAAUGCAGCUGCUAGGCAGAGGUUGGCAGCAAAUGAGAAGGCUGAAGCAGAGAAAGUAUUGCAGAUCAAGAAAGCCGAGGCAGAAGCGGAAUCCAAAUACCUGGCGGGGCUCGGCAUAGCUCGUCAGCGUCAGGCCAUUGUUGAUGGACUGAGGAACAGCGUGCUUAACUUCUCUGAGACUGUUCCUGGAACAUCAGCCAAGGAUGUCAUGGACAUGGUGCUGGUGACUCAGUACUUUGAUACCAUGAAAGACAUUGGAGCAUCCUCAAAGUCAUCUUCUGUCUUCAUCCCGCACGGGCCUGGUGCAGUGAAGGACAUUGCUUCGCAGAUUCGAGAGGGUCUUCUUCAAGGCAAUGCCUGCUAAAAAUUAGCGUGGAAAAGCUUUUGACGGACUAAAUUA